AUGUCUGAAGAAGUCACUUAUGCAGAUCUAAAAUUCCAGGACUCCAGUAAGACAGAAGAAAUCCAGGAGUUUGACAGAUUUGGGAUAAAAGUACCACCUGCUGCUUCCCACGUAUGGCGUCGAAGAGCCUGGGCUCUGACUCUUCUAUGCUGUCUGCUGCUGAUUGGACUGGGAGUCUUAGGAAGCAUAUACAUGGAAAAGUUGAAUAAACUACAAAAUUUCAAAGAAGAACUUCAGAGGAAUCUUUCUCUACAACUAAUGCAUAACAAGAAUAGCUCCGAGAACAUCUGGAAUCUCUCUAUCACACUUCAAGAAAUAGCCACCAAAUUAUGUCAUGAGUUAUAUAUAAAAAACCCAGAGCACAAAUGUAAACCUUGUCCAAAGAAAUGGAUAUGGCAUGAGGACAGGUGUUAUAUACAACUUACACGUUAUGAAACGUGGCAAAAGAGUGACAAGAUAUGUUCUGACCACAAUGCCAGCCUGGUGAAGAUUAAAAACAAAAGCAUGUUGGAAUUUAUAAAAUUCCAGAGGUUAUAUCACUAUUGGCUGGGAUUAUCUCCCAGAAAAGAUAAAAAAGAUACCACGAUCUUGGAUGAGACAAUUAUCUCCUCUGACUGGUUUACAAGAAAUACAAGUGACUUAGAUGAUUGGAUGUAUUGUGGAUACAUAGAUAUCAGCUAUGUUUAUCAUACUAAGUGCACUGAGACUAAACGUAUUAUGUGUGAGAAGCUGGCCAAUCCAGUGAAGAUUGAGAGUAUACUAAUGAGUGAAGUACCAGAAGAAUGAAUGUAGUUAGUGCAAUUAUUUUGCCCCAGCUAUUAUCCUGCAAUUAAAGGUAACUUUAGGGAGCAUACAUCUUGUGGAUCACACAAAUGGAAUAAAGAUGCACUGAGACUACAUUUCUGCCUCUCUCCUAACAAUUUAAAUUUUCAAACUUUCUUCUUUCUCCUCGUUU